GGCCGCGGCGCGCCCUAGUGCCCCCAGCGACGGCGCCAUGGAGCGGCCGGCACCUCUGGCCGUGCUGCCCUUCUCGGACCCCGCGCACGCGCUGAGCCUGCUGCGCGGCCUGAGUCAGCUCCGCGCCGAGCGCAAGUUCCUGGACGUGACGCUGGAGGCGGCGGGCGGGCGCGACUUCCCCGCGCACCGCGCCGUGCUGGCGGCCGCCAGCCCCUACUUCCGCGCCAUGUUCGCGGGGCAGCUGCGCGAGAGCCGCGCGGAGCGGGUGCGCCUGCACGGCGUGCCGCCCGACAUGCUGCAGCUGCUGCUCGACUUCAGCUACACGGGCCGCGUGGCGGUGAGCGGCGACAACGCCGAGCCGCUGCUGCGAGCUGCCGACCUGCUGCAGUUCCCGGCGGUGAAGGAGGCGUGCGGCGCCUUCCUGCAGCAGCAGCUCGACCUGGCCAACUGCCUGGACAUGCAGGACUUCGCCGAGGCCUUCAGCUGCGCGGGGCUGGCGAGCGCGGCGCAGCGCUUCAUCCUGCGCCACGUGGGCGAGCUGGGCCCGGAGCAGCUGGAGCGCCUGCCGCUGGCGCGUCUGCUGCGCUACCUGCGCGACGACGGGCUGUGCGUCCCCAAGGAGGAGGCCGCCUACCAGCUGGCGCUGCGCUGGGUGCGCGCGGACCCGCCGCGCCGCGCCGCGCACUGGCCGCAGCUGCUCGAGGCCGUGCGCCUGCCCUUCGUGCGCCGCUUCUACCUGCUGGCUCACGUCGAGGCCGAGCCGCUGGUGGCGCGCUGCCCGCCCUGCCUGCGCCUGCUGCGCGAGGCGCGCGACUUCCAGGCGGCGCGCUACGACCGCCACGACCGCGGGCCCUGCCCCCGCAUGCGCCCGCGCCCCUCCACCGGCCUCGCCGAGAUCCUCGUGCUCGUGGGCGGCUGCGACCAGGACUGCGACGAGUUGGUCACUGUCGACUGCUACAACCCGCAGACGGGCCAGUGGCGCUACCUGGCCGAGUUCCCCGACCACCUGGGCGGGGGCUACAGCAUCGUGGCGCUGGGCAACGACAUCUACGUGACGGGUGGGUCUGAUGGCUCCCGGCUCUACGACUGCGUGUGGAGGUACAACUCCAGCGUGAACGAGUGGACGGAGGUGGCGCCCAUGCUGAAGGCCCGCGAGUACCACAGUUCGUCCGUGCUGGAUGGGCUGUUGUACGUGGUGGCCGCGGACAGCACGGAGCGCUACGACCACACCACGGACUCCUGGGAGGCCCUGCAGCCCAUGACCUACCCCAUGGACAAUUGCUCCACCACCGCGUGCCGUGGCCGCCUCUAUGCCAUCGGCUCCCUGGCCGGCAAGGAGACCAUGGUGAUGCAGUGUUACCACCCGGACACGGACCUGUGGUCGCUGGUGGACUGUGGCCAGCUCCCGCCCUGGUCCUUUGCCCCCAAGACCGUGACUCUGAACGGACUCAUGUACUUCAUCAGGGACGAUUCUGCGGAGGUGGACGUGUAUAACCCCACGAAGAACGAAUGGGACAAGAUCCCAUCUAUGAAUCAGGUGCACGUCGGGGGCAGCCUGGCUGUCCUUGGAGGGAAGCUCUACGUCUCAGGCGGUUACGACAAUACGUUUGAACUCUCGGACGUGGUGGAGGCCUAUGACCCAGAGACCCGGGCCUGGAGCGUCGUGGGGCGGCUCCCGGAGCCCACGUUCUGGCACGGCAGCGUCAGCAUCUUCCGCCAGUUCAUGCCCCAGGUGCCCCCGGGUGGCCGUGGCUUUGAGCUGGACAGCGGCAGCAGUGACGCAGAUGUGGUGCGGCCCCGGCUGCCGCAGAGCCCCGACGAGCUGCACUAGCCCUGGCCCGGCCCGGGGAGGGCCUCGGCACAGGUACUGCGACACGGCUGCGGCGGGGGGCGGUGAGCCCCCACCUCCGCGCACCAGGACGGGGUGGGUUCAGCGGGUGCAGCCUGGGCUCGGGCUGUGGAGUGAGCCUGAGGGUCUGACCCCGGAGACUUCCUGUGCUCAGAGAGCCUGAUACGCAGCUGCGACCACGACCAGUGGCCGACGCCCCUCCCUGGGUCCAGGAAGA